CCUCAACCCACCAGAACCAUGGGCUGCUCUGGCUGUUCCGGAGGCUGCGGCUCCAGCUGCGGGGGCUGCGGCUCCAGCUGCUGUGUGCCCGUCUGCUGCUGCAAGCCCGUGUGCUGCUGUGUGCCAGCCUGCUCCUGCUCCAGCUGUGGCAAAGGGGGCUGCGGCUCCUGUGGGGGCUCCAAGGGGGGCUGCGGCUCCUGUGGGGGCUCCAAGGGGGGCUGUGGCUCCUGUGGGGGGUCUAAAGAGGGCUGUGGCUCCUGUGGCUGCUCCCAGUCCAGCUGCUGUGUCCCCGUUUGCUGCUCCCAGUCGAGCUGCUGCAAACCCUGCUGCUCCCAGUCCAGCUGCUGUGUGCCCGUGUACUGCUGUGUGCCAGCCUGCUCCUGUUCCAGCUGUGGCAAAGGAGGCUGCGGCUCCUGCGGGGGCUCCAAGGGGGGCUGUGGCUCCUGUGGCUGCUCCCAGUCCAGCUGCUGCAAACCCAGCUGCUCCCAGUCCAGCUGCUGUGUCCCCAUGUGCUGCCAGUGCAAGAUCUGA